UGAUGGAGAAGCGGCCGCCCCUCACAUCACCGGAUGGAUCCGGUAAGAGAAAUCCCCCAGAGAGACGUCCCCGUCCUCUGUAUUCCCGGGACUCCACACAGGAACAUCAGGAGAUCCCUCAGGAACAUCAGGAGAUCCCUCAGGAACAUCAGGAGAUCCCUCAGAAGGAUCACAGUAUCGCACAGGUUUAUAAGGACGAGAACCUGUUUAUUAUUAAAGUUGAAGAAGAUGAGAGGGAUAAAGAGGAGGAAAUCCCACCAGAGAUCAUCACAGAUGGUAACAAGCUCAGGAAUAAAUACUCCGUUUUCUCUCCAGAGCGUGACGUAGAUGAGGACAUGACCGCUGAAGAAAACCAAAUAGCCCUGCCUCACCUCCACCCAAUUCUCCACGGGCCUGAUUUGUCUUCCAAUUCCGAUGCCUAUAACUCGGCUUUUAUAGGAGGCGCAAGCUUAAUUUCGCAGCAAAGAACUCACAAUGGGAAGAAGCGGUACUCGUGUUCGGAGUGCGGGAAGUGCUUUGCGCAAAAAUCAGGCCUGGGCCGGCAUGAACGGAACCACAGGGGCAAUUACGACUUCACCUGCUCGCACUGUGGGAAGAGCUUUACGCAAAAAGCCUAUCUGGUGGUCCACGAGAGGAUUCACACCAACGAGAAGCCGUUUUCCUGCUCUGUGUGUGGAAAAUGCUUCAACCAGAAACCCAACCUCUUGAUCCACGAGCGGAUCCACUCGGAUGUUAAGCCGUAUACUUGCGCCGCCUGUGGCAAAUGCUUUAAAUACAAGUCCAGCUUUACUCUGCACGAGAGGCUUCACACGGGGGACAAGCCCUAUUCCUGCCCCGUCUGCAGUAAGCGUUUCUCCAAGAAGUCAUCCCUUGUCUCGCACGAGAGGCGCCACAUAGGCCAGAAGCCUUUGCUUUGACAUAUUUUCGAAAGAUGGGCCCCUUCCACGUGGCUGAUGGCAGGUUGAACUCUACCAGGAACACCAGUAACAACACCUCCAAGCUGUUGACUAUAUCCCUGAUUUAUUCUUCACAUUGCAGAAGAAAACAAGUGGGAGUCUGGAUAUAAGAGAGUGGUGACUAAAAGUGGGGUGGGAACCUCAGGAGCAUUCAAGUGGAACCUCGGAUUGCGAGUAACGUGGUUAACGAGCGUUUCGCAAUACGAGCACUGUAUUUAAAAAAAAU